AGAAUUACAGAAUUAACGUUACUGUACCGGCAGGUAGUCCAUGUCAAUUUUUCGAUUUAAUUUUGGUAUUUUGGCGCAAGAAUGGCGUAACACGUACCGGUAUACAGGUAUAGGGCGAUUUUGUUGACUUCCGAGUUUUGAACGACCGUCAGUACACUUUCAGACUUUAGAGGUCUUUAUUUCGCCACUGCAGUCUGCAGCACUGUGAUGUCGUAGUGACGUAAUUUUUGGUGAUAUACCGUAGUCAGGUGGGGGUUAGGAAUAACAUAUGCAAAGAUUGUUGGUGCAAAAAAAUCAAGAGCUUGAAGUUGCAUAUGAAGAUAUUGGGCGUCUUUUAGGGCUCUUUCUGAUAAAAAGAGUAGUCUACCGAAUGAUAUCACAGGUGCUUCUGAUGAUUGCAACUUUACUUUGGUCAUUUAUGAUAACCAUUGUUGUUGCACCAUCCUAACCCUAUCCCGCAAGUUUAUGCAAAUUCACUCCCAUGUCAGAGAAGAGGGCCAGCGUUCCAGUGGUAUUACCAAAGUAUACAAUAACAGACUGACAGAACGAUAUCUUUUAAAUAUUUAUUUUGGGUGUCACUAUGUAUGAAUAAUUUUUUAUAUUUUCACUUGUAUUGAAUGAACACAUGCAGACAUGUCUGCUUGUAAUUACCUACCAUGAGCUGAAUGGCUACAUGUCCUGUACAGCCUUUAAAUGUUUGUAUGUUGUUUACUUUAAUGAACCAUAAUUAACAGUACACUUGCCGGUAAUUUUUUGAUUCUGUUUACAUCUCGUUCUGUUUCAUACUGCAGUCGGGCUUGAUCAUCAGUGACCAUCAACACCAAUUUUCUAUUACAGUGUUCCAUUUCACAUCCAUAAUUUGAGUUUCAUGAUUUAUUCCAGUUCAGCAGUAUUUCCAGUUCAGUGGUUUGUUCUGGUUUUUGUUUUUUAUUGUGCUGUUUUUCAAUUCUUAGUACCGGUACCUACCGUAAUUUUAAUACAACCAUGUACUCCAAUCUAUACUUAAUCCAACCAAAUUCUCCAAUUUAUAUAAAUAUGUUUACCCUAAUUUGUAUUAUAUAAUAAACAGCACACAUUUUAUGUCAUAUAUAUUAUUAUCCUGAAUUUCUAAAGUGUCCUUAAUGCUGUAAAGUGAUAUGAUAAAUUGAUUUAUGUGGUUUUUAUAUGCAUAUUGAUAUACAUUAUCCCGAAUGGCUGAAACUUUUAUAUGUGAAUUUGAAUGUUACUAACUUUAGAUUCAAUUAAAUAAUCUAUAACAACACGUAGGCUACGUAACUUGCACAUAAUCUUUUUUAUGUAUAAUAUGUAUAUAAUUGAUUUUAUUCGAAUAUAUAUUUAGUAAAAAUAGAGGUAAAACUGACUCAGCCAAAUGUGUGGAAGUCAAGUAACAGAUUCAAAUCAUGUUUCGGAGUCAAAGCUCAGUUUAUAAUAUAUCAAACAAGCAACAUCAUUCUGAUGCGGAUGAAGAAUUAUUCAAAUCAGAAUGUGAAGCAGCUUAUCUUAGUGUAAUAGACAGUACAAAAAUUCCUAUUGAUUCUAAAAAGCUAUUGAAAAGAGUGUUACAGCAGGCUGGCAGAAAUCCUUCGGAAAAACAGAUAAGCAAAAUAUGGACAUCAAAAACAGAUACUGUAACAUAUGCUGAGUAUUGUGACAUACUCAAUGAGAUGAAAUCUCCAUCCAGGGACGAUCUUUUGAGCGCAUUCAAAAAAAUUGAUUCAAAUCGUGAUGGCUUCAUUUCUCACUCAGAAUUACAUGAAGUUUUGACCUCGCAAGGUGAAAAAAUGACAGAAAUGGAAGUGAGAAAAAUAAUAGAUGAUGCAGAUGUAAACAGAGAUGGGAAGUUGGACUAUGAAGAGUUUUGUACUCUGAUGUUGACUACAAGCCAUCGCUGCCAACAAGCAAACUUCAAGCAAUUGAAGCAGAAAAAAGCUGAUUCUAAUCUGAGACCGAUUUCAGCAAGUAGUUUUGGAGGAGGAAGAAGAACUCCUCGUGCAGCUCAACGUACAUUAUCUAUGGAGACAUAUGAAAAAGAAAACACUGUUUCUUCUAAAAAAGAAGUCAAGUCAAGUUCACAUCCAUCAUCAGCAAGAAAGUCGUCGACUCCUGAAGUUAAACUUGACAAUGCUGUUCAGAUUAGGAUGGCUGCUCCACUUGACAAAAAAUCAAAUCUAUUUAUUCCUAAAGGUUUGAAGAACUGGAAUAGACUGAAAACUAAAGGAUGCUUUUACCUUGAUAAUGAUGAUGGAAAAGUACAGUGUCAUGAAUAUUCUCUAGUACUUUCAUCUGCUUCAAAAGUUUGGCUAACAAUAAAACCAUAUUCGCUAUCUACAAGUCGGGAGAUUCCUCGCAAUCCAGUUGAUACGUGUAUGAUGAUUUUGAGGCGGUCAACUAUGAGCAGUGAGAAUACUGAAUUAAUUGGAUUAACAGAUUUGAGAAAUAAUACGCAAUAUUGUUGGAAAGGUGAUUUGCGUGCUGGUUCCUAUAUUCUUUUGCCAUUUACUAGUGGAUGUAGAUUAUUUCGUCGCAGAAAAGAACCAGACGAAGAAAUUCCGUUACUUAGAAAAGAUCACAAUGAUGAAGUGCAAUUAUCAAGGGCUUUUAGAGAAACUUUGUCAGACAUGUUUGAGAUGUGUGAUUUGGAUGGGAACGGGCUAUUGAACAGAGAAGAAUUUAACUGCUUUCAAAUACUUACAACUGAUGAAAAAGUUGAUGAUGAAGCGUGGCAAAUUGUUCAAGAUAACUUUGAAAUGAAGAAAGGAGAACUUACUAGAGAAGGAUUCAUUCAACUCCAUUUAAUGCAAGCAAGAGAAGAGAAUGUUGAUGUAAAUGAGGAUCUACUCGAUACCUUAAUGUGUAUGGGUUAUAACAAAGCGCUAGAUUUGGACCAGGCAUGUCCAUUCGAAGUUGAAGCUCAUGCUGCUGAUUGUCAACCUCAUUUAAGUCUGUUGACCCUGGGAAUGGGCAAUGAUUAUACACACACCCAAGAAUUGAUAUUGCAAAGUAUCUUGCAGCAAGGUGAAAAACAGACAUUAAAAAAUUUACAAGAUAUUAACUGGUAUGUUUACAAGAAUGAUGGAAGAAUCAGCUCUGUCCUAGAAAACAAUGUAAGUUUAUUUAAAAAUUAUGAAUUAAUCAGUGAGGCCCUUAAUCAGUAUUCUGGACUGUUGUGA